CGUUUGUCGCGGGGAGGGGAGGAGGGCGCGGGGCGGCGGCGAGAGGGCGAGAGGGCGAGAGGGCGAGAGUGGGAGUCGGGGGACCCCACCGGAACCCUAACCUCCCCGGGUGCAACCGGUGGGCACUGGGUGCGGGUAGAGUACUGGCUAGUGGAGUAAGGUGGCACAAGCUCCGCAUCCCGCAUUCCGAAUCCCGCCUUGUCGCGUCGUCCCGUCUCCACUCACCACCACGGCCGUGCGACGCGACAUCUCCACCACCACCGCAAUCUCACGACGCGACGACCACGACGGCAGAACCCGCAGCCAUGGCCUCUAUCCCGCGCCCGCGCACGCCUAUCGACGAGACGCUCUGGCGCGACAGCAGCUUCUGCCGGGUGCACGGGGUAACGCAGCACAUGGUGAUGCACUACUUCUACCUCUCGCCCUUCUUCGACAACACCAGCAGCAACGGGCAGCUAACUAUGCAGCUGACGCACAACCCAGCUGCAGCCGCCCGCAUCAACUCACAGGCCGACUUCGACAAGGCGAUGAAGAGCAUGCGGGGCGUCGAGUACGUGAUCGCGGCCGGCAACGAGGCCUCGGGCGUCUGGGUCAUCCGCAAGCAGCUGAGGAAGGCGCCGAGAGAGGUCGUCCUCGCCGGUCAGAAACAGAAGGUGGAGGAUGUUAGCAUCCUCGCGGAUUAUUACAUCGUCGGGGAAAAUAUUUAUCAGGCACCGACUGUGGGCGCGGUGCUGGCGAAUCGCAUGUUAACCAUCACGAACGACCUACGCAACACUCUCAAGCUGGCGAUGUCGUCGACAUCACUCUCAUCCACUCCGCCGCCGCCGCCGCUAGCCGCUACGGACCCGCCUCCAUCCUCGCAGCAGCCCCCUCCGUCCUCACAGUCACAGGCGCGCUCCCAAUCCGCCGCGCCCAGCACCUCCGCCACCACCACCACCACCACCAGCAGCACAAGCAGCAGCACAAGCACCCAGCGCGACGCAAAACUGCUCUACAACGCGCUCAGCCUAUCAGUGCGGCACCACGGCGAGUUCAUGGACGACCACGCGCCGCUGCUGGGGGAUCCUGGGAGUUUGCUGCAGCCUGGUGCGGCGAUUGGUGGUGGUGGCAGUGGCGGCGGCGGCGGUGGGGCUGGAGGAGCUGCUGCUUCAGCGGCAAUAAAACGCGGCGGUACGCCUGUGCCCCCUGCGCCUGCGGCAAAGGGCGGGCUUCUUGGGCAGGUCAAGAAAUGAUGGCAGUGCAGUAACCUGCGGCCUACAUAACCCUUCAUUGUUUCUUGUUUUUUGUUUCUUUGCUUUGCUACGGAGUUAAGGGUUAUUCUUGUUCUUGUUCUUGAAUGCAGAUCAAACGAACGCAUCUCAAAAC